AUGAGACUGAAAAGGGAGGCUGUUGGAAUAAUGAGACUGACUGUGCAGGAACGGAAACUGGCAGACCUUUAUUCUCCGCAGUCUCUGGAGUCUGCAGGCCUGAACCCUCCUGUUGGGAAGUGCACCCUCAGCCCUGGUGGCCAUUCAGUAUUCAGUGUACUCUUUAUUUACCUAUUAUUUCAGGAUCUGUUGACAUUCAGAGAUGUGGCCAUUGAUUUCACUGAAGAGGAGUGGGAAUCCCUUCAGCCAGCUCAACAAAACUUAUAUAGAGAUGUGAUGUUUGAGAAUUACAAAAACUUGGUCUUCCUGACAAUGACUUGCCAGGAUACCCAAGAAUUUUUACCAGACCAGGGCAUAAGACAUAUAUUUAAAAAAGUGAUUAAUGGAAAAUAUGGAAAUUGUGACCUUGACAAUUUACAACAGAGGACAAUAUGGAAAACUUUAAGUAAGAGUGAACAUCACAAAUCAUAUUAUCAGAAAUCAGACCAAAUUCACUGGCAGAGAAUUUAUACUGGGGAGAAGCCCUACAAAUAUAUAGCAAAAGACAAGAGUUUAAAGGCAAAAUCAUACCUUAUUUGCCAUCAGAGUGUUCAUAUGGGAGAGAAACCCUACCAAUGUAAAGAAUGUGGCAAAGACUUUACUUGGAGGUCCCUCCUUGUGCAAUACCAGAGAAUUCAUACUGGAGAGAAGUCCUGUGAAUGUAAAAAAUGUGGCAAAGCUUUUAAUCUGAAAUCAAGCCUUAUUUGCAAUCAGACAAUUCAUACGGGAAAGAAACCCUACCAAUGUAAAGAAUGUAGCAAGGCUUUUAAUCGGAAAUUAUGCUUUAGUGAACAACAGAGAAUUCAUACUGGAGAGAAACCAUACAAAAGGAAAGAAUGUGGCAAAGAUUUUAAUGCUAAAGCAAGUCUUGUUCACUACCAGAGAAUUCAUACUGAAGGGAAGUCUUACAAAUGUUCCUAUGAAUGUAAAGAAUGUGGCAAAGCUUUUAAGCACAAAUCAAGUUUUACUCAACACCUGAGAGUUCAUGCUGGAGAGAAGCCAUACAAAUGUGAAGAAUGUGGCAAAGCUUUUAAUAAGAAAUCAAAGCUUAUUCUCCAUCAGAUAAAUCAUACUGGAGAGAAGCCCUAUGAAUGUAAAGAAUGUGGCAAAGCUUUUAAUAAGAAAUCAAACCUUAUUCGCCAUCAGAUAAUUCAUACUGGAGAGAAACCCUAUGAAUGUAAAGAAUGUGGCAAAGCUUUUAAUAAGAAAUCAAACCUUAUUCACCAUCAGAUAAUUCAUACUGGAGAGAAACCCUAUGAAUGUAAAGAAUGUGGCAAAGCUUUUCAUCAGAAAUCAAGCCUUACUCAACACCAGCGAGUUCAUACUGGAGAGAAGCCAUAUGUAAGUAAUGAAUGUUGCAAAACUUUUAUUGCAAAAUCAAGCCUUAUCUACCACCAGAUAAUUCAUACUGGAGAGAAGCCCUAUGAGUGUAAAGAAUGUGGCAAAGCUUUUAACCAGAAAUCAAACCUUAUUCACCACCAGAGGAUUUAUACUGAAGAGAAGCCCUGUGAAUGUCAAGAAUGUGGCAAAGCUUUUAAUGAGAAAUCAAACCUUAUUCACCAUCAGAUAAUUCAUACUGGAGAGAAACCCUAUGAAUGUAAAGAAUGUGGCAAAGCUUUUCAUCAGAAAUCAAACCUUACUCAACACCAGCGAGUUCAUACUGGAAAGAAGCCAUACAAAUGUAAAGAAUGUGGCAAAGCUUUUAAUCUGAACUCAAACCUUAUUUGCCACCAGAUAAUUCAUAUGGGAGAGAAACUCUACCUACAUAAAUAAUGUGGCAAAAAUUUUAAUCAGAAAUCACAGCUUACUCAACACCAGAGAAUUCAUACUGGACAGAAGCUGGUAGAUUACUGCUUUAUCUAAGGUUUAUAUGGUAAAGAUUUUCUCUCAUUCUGUAGGUCCUCUGUUCAUGUUAUUAAUUG